AUGAUCAAAAUGUGUGUUGGUUGUGGAAUUAAUUUUCGGAAUGAUGAUGUAAAAAGAUUUUCAACAGCUGUUGCCUUGAUGAAUACAAUUGAUCCUCCACAAUUGUUCUUCAAACUUUUAAAUCACAUUCUCUUAAAAAAGCUCUCCUCUGAAAAUCAAUCAUUUUCCAGUCUUGAAAAAGAACGUUUAUUAGAAACAUUCCCAAUGAUUAAGAAUGACAAACUCUUAGUAUUAUUAAUUGAUGGUUGUAGCUAUGUUUUUGAACAAGCUCUCUAUAAUGCUUUAAAUCCAGAAAAAUUAUUCCAAGAAUUGACUGAAUCACAAAGUGGUAUUUCUGAAACACAUGCUCAAGCUUUUCAAGAAGCUUGGAGAGUGAAAGGAAGAGAAUAUAUGAAUACUGCUAAGGAACACACUCUUGGAGGACCAGUUGUUUUGGAAAACUUUGAUUGGCGUUUACAAAUGCAAAUUUCUGAAUCAGAUCUCUCCAAAAUGAAGAUACCUAAUGUCUUGUUUGAAUUCACAACACUUGACUAUCAAAAUAAGAAUACUGAAACAAUGAAACCAAAAGAGGAAAAUAUUGUGGUGGAAUUUACUAAAGAAGAAUUGUAUGGAUUCUUUACAAAACUUGAAGCUAUUCAAAAUCAAUUGGAUAAGAUUAGUUAA